AUGGAUCAUGACCACCAUCACCCUCAAAACCCUAACCCUUGUGACACUCAUUUCUCCGAUAACUUUGAUGCGUUGCCGGAGUUCGAUGUCUUCGAUGACCACCAUCACCCUCAAAACCCUAACCCUUGUGACACUCAUUUCUCCGAUAACUUUGAUGCGUUGCCGGAGUUCGAUGUCUUCGAUUUUCUCCUGCCUGAUGACGGCUCAGAAGAAGGUUUUUCGCCAGAGAACAUGGCUUUCUCUGAUAAUGUCAUCGACGGAUCUAUCGAAUCCGUCGGCGUUUCGUCAUCGACACAGAGUAACAUCAUUCAUUGUUACGCGACGAUAUCGGAAACACAAUGUUUAUCGAGGGUACAUACGACUCAAAAACUUAAGUUUUUCUUUUGUGCUUUGAUUCGAUGCAGGAAUAAAAACGGGGCGAGGAAACGCAAGGCGGAUCAAGCGGGGAGUAGGGUUGCUUUCAGAACGAAAUCUGAUUUAGAGGUAAUGGACGACGGAUUCCAGUGGAGAAAGUAUGGGAAGAAGAUGGUUAAGAACAGCCCAUAUCCAAGGAAUUACUACAAAUGUGCACGCGGCGGCUGCAACGUGAAGAAGAGGGUGGAAAGGGACGGCGAGGAUCCAAGCUACGUGAUAACAACGUACGAUGGAAUGCACAACCAUGAAAGCCCAUGUGUGGUGUACUACAACCAACCCCCCCUCGUGGUACCCAAUGGCUGGACUCUUCAACCUCCUCCUUCUUCUGCUCAAUCCUCUCCUUCUGCCUCACAUUAUAACCAAGAAGGUACGUUGUCCAUGGAGGAAUUGGUUGACAAAUUGGGAGAGGUAGAAGACGAGGAAUCCUUGAAUGACGUCACAGAGUCAUUUUACUUGUUGGGAGAGUUGGAGGAAACUCCUUCAGACCCAAGAGAAUCAGAAGAAUUGAACUGUGAUCCGAUGGAAGUUACUCCAACAAUAAUAUCUCACCACUUUUCUAUCCUCCACGUGCUUGAUUUGUCGUAUACUGAGAUUAAGUCUUUGCCGCAGUCUAUUUCCAGAUUAGUAGCACUACAAAAAUUGUUUUUGAGAAGCUGUGAGCUUCUAAUGGAACUACCACCUGAAAUUGGAGAACUCGCGAAUCUUGAGGUGCUUGAUCUUGAAGGGACUGAAAUUCUGCGUCUGCCAAAGGAGAUUGCCAAGCUAGUUAACUUGACGUGCUUGAAAGUGUCAUUCUAUGGAUAUGCAAAUCAAACAGUGAUUCCAAGGAGGGUUUUGUCAUAUCUCUCCAGCUUGAUUGAGUUAAUCAUUGAUGUGACCCUGGGAUGUCGAAGUAGAAGCUAUUGUGGAUGAUCUACGUAGCUUAAAGGAGUUGAAGACCCUGCAAUUGUAUUUACCCACCGCUGAACCAUUGGAAGAACUCACUUUGAGAUUUCCAGGUUUGGCAAACUUCAGAUUUACAGUCGGCCGUCACGAAGAGCACUUCAUUUCCCGUUUACCCAAUGAUGUUAAAGAGGAAUUCGAUAGUCGGGAGAAACUGGAGAAAGGCUUGAAGUAUUUAAAUGGAAAUCGCAUACCAAAUGGAGUUACCGACGUACUUGAACAUGCCAAUGCUUUUUUCCUACAGCGCCAUUGGACCGCUAAGAGCCUAUCUGAGUUCGGGCAUACAAAUAUGACUGAAGUGAAGUUUUGCUUGGUGAUGGAAUGUAAUGAGUUUCGGACCAUCAUUGACUCCGAACAGUUUAAUCAAGGAAAAGAUGGUAGGGGUGAAUCUGAAGAUUUCGAGUAUUUUGACGAAGCAAUCGUACUUGGAUCUCUAGAGAGAUUGAUUAUUCGGUACAUGAAGAAUAUGGAGUGCAUUUGGAAAGGGCCAGUUGGUAGAGGGUCUUUGUCCAAUCUAAAGUCCUUGGCUUUGCAUACAUGCCCCAAUUUGACUACCCUUUUCACAGUCGACAUGCUUAUUAAUCUCACAAACUUGGAAGAGCUUGUAGUUGAAGACUGUCCAAACAUCGGCAGCCUUGUGAGUCUCAAAAGUUCCGACUCAGAGCUAGGCCUUUUUCUCCGGAGCUUGAAGAAGAUUUCUCUUCUUGAGCUGCCAGAACUGGUCAGCAUCUCCGGCAGCCUACGCAUUGCUCCAAAUUUAGAGAGGAUGGUAAUCUUUUAUUGCCCAAAGCUCGAAAAGCUCUCUACCAUGGAAGUUUCGAGUACAGAUUUUAAGGUAAUUAAAGGAGAGGAGGAAUGGUGGGAUGCAUUAAAGUGGUAUGAAUCUGAUCUGAGCACGGAACAUGAAGAUUAUUUGGCUAGUCUUUUUAUCCCGUUGAGAAGGGAUGGGGAUCUGAUGGCUCAAUUAACAAAAGACUAGAUUGCCACUAAUAGUCAGGGAAAAGUUGGAAGCUACAUGAUAUGGUAGUUUUUAUUGAGCAUUCAUGGAUUUUCUCAAACAACAAUGCCUGUUGAAUCUUUAGUGUCAAACCUUUUGAUGGUUGUCUUUUCCAACCAACCCAUACUUGAUAUUCUUUCAAAUGCAAUCAAUCCGCAGUCUCAAAACUGACGGGUCCUGUUGAAAAACUCGGCGGUUGCGAACAGUAGAUUAAGGCGGUUGGGAGGGUAGCAAAUUUUAAAAGACAAAAUGGAAUUCUGAAUUAGAUAGCAAAAAACGAGAGUAGAUGAUUAA